UAAAUUGAAGAUGUUUCUUUCACCUGCUACCAAAUCAUGUCGUCUGCUGUUUGCGCCGGGUAUCCGUUUCGUGUCCCAAUUCAGAAUACAACAGAACGAUUGCAUUCCUUACGGACCACCUCGACGAACGAAACAUCCAAAUGCUUGCCCGAACCGUGACAGGGGUCUUGUUUUAGGAGUUUACUACAAUGAAAACUUACCCGUCUCUGACAGAGCUAUUCUCACCGCGAGCGCUGAGAAAUAUGAUAAGGAAAAUAAUGGAAAGCUAUGGAAUUUACUAAAGCUCUCUCCCAUCCCCCGACUUGGUGAGUGCAGAGUAUUCUUCGACGUAGAUCCUAAAUUUGGAUAUAUUGCUAUUGCUGGGCUCGGUUCUGAAUGCUUAGCGUUUAAUAAGACUGAGAAACUUGAUGAAAGUAAGGAAGCAAUACGCAUAGCUGCAGGAGUCGGUGCGAAAGCACUUCAACAGUUAAACCCUACAGUUAUUCACGUGGAAUCGUUCGGAUGUGCAGAAUCGGCCGCAGAAGGUGCCAGUCUAAGUGUCUGGCAGUUCAACGAGUUCAGAAGUCCUACAACGCUCCCUGUAAUCAAACACCCCGUGUUACACCUUUACGAUGACUGUGACUUUGAGGGAUGGAAAAUAGGUAAAGCGAAAGCGGAAUCUCAAAACCUGGCCAGGUUUCUUCAAGAAUUGCCCGCUAAUAUUUUAGACCCUACUGCUUUCGCCAAAAUCGCUGUUGAACUUUUAUGUGAAUUAGAUAUUAAUGUAGAAGUGAAAACAAAAGGCUGGGCGGCACACCGUGAGAUGGGUGGUUUCGUAGCUAUUGGAAAGUCCUCCAUACAGCCACCACUGUACGUAGAAAUUAGUUAUUACGGUUCUAAUGAGUGCGAACGUCCAAUUGUACUAAUAGGGAAAGGAGUCACAUUCGAUAGCGGGAGUUUGGAUUUAAAGCCUCCAGAAGACUUGAGAUACAUGAAAGGCGACAUGGCGGGAGCCGCCUGUGUGUUGUCCAUAACAAGGGCCGCAGCAAUAUUAAAACUACCUGUUAAUAUCCGAGGCAUAUUACCCCUUUGCGAGCUUAUGCCAAGCGGCAAAAGUCCUAAAUUCGGUGACGUGAUUUGCAGCGCCAACGGCAAGUCAAUUCGUGUGCGGUUACCAUCACGAGAAGGCAGACUACUGAUCGCAGAUAGCCUUGUUUAUGCGCGGAACUACUGGCCUAAGUUCAUAGUAGAUAUAGGAACAAUGUCUAAGGAAUUAAUUGUUUCAUUAGGUGGCGCGGCUUGCGGCUGCUAUACUAACUCUGAAGAGUUGUUUAGUUACAUAGAAUCGGCGAGUAGCCAAACAGGUGACCGGAUCUGGCGUAUGCCGUUAUGGAAGUUCUAUGAGGACCGUGUCUUGGACUGCACGACCACCGAUAUAGCCAACACAGCCCGAAACAAAUGGGGCGACUCACCUGACUGUGCAGCUUUUUUAAAACAAUUUAUAUGUGAUAGCAAAUGGAUACAUUUAGAUACGUAUAACGUAUCCUACACAAAAGGCAGAGACUUCCCUUACCUCGGUCGCGGCAUGACAGGCCGUCCAACUCGCACCAUCAUUGAACUUCUCUACCAAAUGUUAGCCGACGAAAGAAUAUAAACACCACAUAAACAGCUGUAUCUUGUACUUCUUGUAUAGUGUUUGUCCGUAAGAAACAAAUUUUCGAGAUUUAACCGUAUGUGGAAAUAAACCUUCUAACAAG